GGGUGUCAAUUUUUUGCCCUCUUCAAAUUCAAAACUCGGGGGCGACGGUGCCACGGUGCUUCGGCAGUUCGUGCUGUGCUUGAUCGGGAAAUGUUCAAUUUCGCCGUGUCAGCGAUGAAGAUGCAAACUUUGGCUAACUAGGCAACGAGAAAGAGCGAAAGAUGGAGCGCGAAAUCCUUUUCGGAGACCACCUCCGACUACCCGAGGCGUCGUUCUCGUCGUCGUGCGAGCUCGAACUGCUUAGGCUCCUCCGCGACGUUGACCUGGCCGUACUCGAGAAGCACCAGUCGUGGCGGUCGCAACUCGACGACGCCGCUGCGGCGCGCCGGCGCUCGGAGGCCGAACUCGAACAAGCUCGCCGGGAACUGCGCUCGAGUCGGGACGAGAUCGACCAACUCCGCGACCACAUCGGCUACCUGGAGAGCGCGCAGGCGGACCUGGUCUCCAAGUACGAGAAGCGACUGGCGGACCUCAGAGGCGACGUGCUCAAGAUCAAGAAGCGCUACGGCGAACUCAAGACUCAGCCGGAGUCGCAAGCGAUGCCGGACUUCUGGCGGGUUAGGGCUAGCGACCUGGAAAAGGAGCUUGUGGAGCUGCGUCGGGAAGCCGCCUCCCUGAAAGGGGUCAACGGCGACACAGACUCCCGUGAGAGAGAGUUGAGGAGAGUGAUUGCCGAGAAGGACGGAGUCAUCGACAGGUUGACGGAGACGGUGACCCAGCUGACGAAGAGGGUUCGACACGCCGAGGGUGUGAAGUCGACACCCCCCGAUUGGGGGGAUAAGGGGUGUCAAAUGGUGGACGAGUUUUUGGACGCCUUCGAAGGGCACAGGGAGAAGAAUAUCGAGGGUUUGCGCAGGAAGAUCAGGGGCCACGUGAAGGAAGUGACGGCAAAGUUUGAGCACGACCGCAAGACCAUGUGACACUACUGCGAGCUCCUCGGACUCUGUGUACUCCGGUCACCCCUGGCCUGACAGUGCGGUGGGAGCUACGCGUUCACCGGACCAAUCGACCACCUCCCUUUCAUCACCCGACCCUGCUUUCUACCCGUUGGUAUGAGCAGAAUGUGAUCACUUGGAGAAAGAUGGACGUUUUACUAGUCCAGCGAGCGCGUAGCUUCCGCCAUUCCGUUGUCUUAGAUGUGAACGGAGUUUAAAAUGGAGUGACAUCCCGUGCCCUGCAUGUUCAAAGCCGUCGUGUCGAAACUUGUAUGGGAGCUUCGUUUGCGACGUGAAACGUGGCGUCUCUUCGUCUAGUAUACCGAAUAAACCUCCUGCACACCCCACACAAUGAAAGAACAGCACUUUCAAGUCCUGUGCCUCUCACUCCGACGGUUUGAUCUCGCAGUCUCUUUCGCCAAGCUUCACGCUCGAAGCUGGUUUGCACAAUAGCAUUCGAGUGUGACCGAUGUGCCUGCUAACAGGUAGUCCUCAACGCUUCUUUGUACAAAUUUUUAUAGUCCUUACACAUCAUUCUUUAACCGUGGACUUAAAAUAAUUCUGACAGUGGUAUAAGCGACCAUUUCGUAAAUAGAGCAUAGAUUUAACCGCACAGAUACUGGAAAACCUUCGGUCCAGUAGUCUUAUGCAGGUCGGAAGGGCACCAGGGUUACUCGAUAGACGGCGCCAGCGUGCUCUCGUCGUAAGCAGGCACGAUGCAUUUCGGUAACGCUCGAGGGCAAAUGUGAAAACUAGCCUUCAACGUUGCGAAGGCAUUUGGUGCGUCCUCAUAUUCUGUUUAGCUCUGGUGGGAAGGUGGCACGAACGAUUUCAUUAACAAACAAGAUGGGGCAAAUAACUUCUUUUUUUUUUUUUUUCCUUCUCAACUGCGGAUGAGCUGGACUCGUCCUUGCCAUCAAGUAGGCUCGAAAGGUUGUUUUUAAUAAAAUCCCGAGAUCCACAUUGCGACAAGCGGCAUGCUUUCUUCUCGAGGGUUCUGCAUAAAAUGAUGUUUGCCAGCUGGCCUGUGACCUUCCGGCCCAUUCGCACAGCUGUGUUCGACGAUGUUCAACUACGUCACAAACGUCACCGGGACAAUGUGCUCUAUGUGUUGCGUGCCAAGCUGCCUCUUGGAUUGGUUGCUACGCGGUCGUAAUUUGACGCAGGUCCUCGGAACCUAUGCAGAGGGCAAGUUUGUCUGCUCUUCUUUUGCAGGGGUUGUGCUGAUGUCAGAAUUCCGAGCUCCCAUUGGCUCUGAUUAAAGGAUUGUGGGUAUACCUCAAGGCAGCUUGCUUUGAGGUCUGCCCACUAUCCUUCAAUCAG